GUCACUAGGCCUUAGGUACCUCUUAGUUUAGGUAGGUACCUCUCUCUUUUUUUUGGAGAUGGAGUCGUUGUAGGUUGCCCCACGUUUUCCGAUAAGUCUUUUACUACCUCAUAGUAUGUACUGUGCCUUCGUUAUCCGCAAAAGUUCCUCCAUAGUGCCUACGUCAAAAGUUCGAUUUUAGCUCCAUUCUUGGUGAUUCUACAACUUUUAACCACUUACAUCCCACUGGCACCACUAACCUAACUCCUUGGAUAGGGGGUUGUACAUACCUCCUGAGGUACCUAAUUUAUCUCCCAACUCAUUCUUUUUUCUUUCUUUCUUCUUUUCCUUUUGCCCCCCCAAAUGGCUUCGGCGCGCAUCCCGGCCCUGCGCAACCUCCUCCUCGGCCGGCGACAGCUGCUGCUGUUGCAGCAGCGCCGCUGGGCCCAGGUCCACGACGUGCGCUUCGUCGCGACCACCCAGCCCGCGCGCAGCGUCGCCGAGAAGUACCGCGAGAAGCUUGACCGCAAGGCCCGCGAGGAAGGCCUGCGCGACAUCGCCGAGCUGAAGGAGGCCUACAGGGACCGCAUCCAGGAGCUCCGGAGGAAGGAUACCGUCUCCGUCCCCGGCCUCGACGCCUUGCUUGCCGACGAACAACCCCCUGCUCCGUCGUCGUCGUCGCCGGCCGCGGAUAAGGUCCAAGGGCGCGCUGGAGAUGGGUCUGCUCGGACAACGCCGCCCGUCGGCGGUGCGGCGGCUGCGAGUACCUCCGGUGCAGGCGUCAAACCCCUCUCCGAGAUCCUCGACCUGCCCAAGGCCCGCGCGCUCCCGGAGAAAGAGCUGUCCGCCGUAUGGCGCCUCCGGCACGCGGCGUCGCCGAACUCGCUGUGCGCGGUGAUCCCCCGGGCGACGUACCUGUCGAUGGAGGCGACGGCGCGGCGGCACCCGUCGUUCGUGCUGCCGGUGCCGCGGGGCGCGGACGUCGGGGCGGAGAUCCACUUCCUGCAGUGGGUAUUCGACUCCUCUUCUACUUCCACCUCGGCAUCCCGCACGGCCACCGUCCUGUUCACGCAGCUGGCCGAGUACAAGGCGCGCGGGGAGUGGGCGCAGCCGCACACGAGCAUCACGCACUACGUCGACGCGGGGCUGGCGGGGGUGCUGAUGGCGGGGAGCGUGGUGGACGGGCGCGGGGCGAGCGUCCAGGACGCCAAGUGGCUGGUGAUGCUUCUGCAGAGGUUUUACGGCGGGGAGGGCAGGGGGGGCGAGAGGGAUGGCGGGGAGAAGAGGAGGUUGCUGGAGGAGUUUGGGCGCGGAGAUGGGAGGUUUAGCGUGGAGAGGUUGUUGGAGGAGAGCGAGAAGUUGGGUUGAGGAAGGAAAGGGGUGACGGUGACGGUGACGAUAAUGGAUA